AGGAAAGCGAGCUGUGUGUGGGAGGAAUGGCGAAGGAGGAGGAAUUUCGAGUGUACAAUUCGUUGACUCAGCAGAAGGAGAUCUUCAAGCCGCAUGAGCCAGGGCGUGUUGGCAUGUACGUCUGUGGCGUCACCGCCUACGAUCUCAGCCACCUAGGCCACGCUCGCGCUGCUGUCAAUUUCGACGUUCUCUUCAGAUAUCUUCAACACUUGGGCUAUCAAGUUACUUAUGUGCGGAAUUUCACCGAUGUUGAUGACAAGAUAAUUCGUAGAGCGAAUGAGCUUGGGGAGGAUCCAUUAAGUUUGAGUAACCGUUUUUGCCAAGAAUAUGUUGUCGACAUGGCUGAUCUUCUGUGCCUCCCUCCUACCCAUGAGCCACGUGUUUCUGAUCAUAUGGAACAGAUAAAGGAUAUGAUAAUGCAGAUUAUAAACAAUGACUGUGCAUACACAGUUGAUGGAGAUGUGUUCUUUGCUGUCGACAAAUCCCUAAAUUAUGGCCAGUUAUCUGGGCAGAAAUUGGAAAACAACAGGGCUGGUGAACGAGUUGCUAUUGACUCAAGGAAGCGUAAUCCAGCUGACUUUGCAUUGUGGAAGGCUGCAAAGCCUGGUGAGCCAAGUUGGGACAGCCCAUGGGGUCCUGGAAGACCAGGUUGGCACAUAGAAUGCAGUGCAAUGAGUGCUCAAUACCUGUCCUUCCAAUUUGAUAUUCAUGGUGGUGGAAUUGAUCUAAUCUUCCCACAUCAUGAAAAUGAGAUUGCACAGAGCUGUGCCGCUUGCCAAGAGAGCCGCGUGAGUUACUGGAUGCAUAAUGGGCAUGUCACUAAUAACAAUGAGAAAAUGUCAAAGUCAUUGGGUAACUUUUUUACAAUUCGUGAGAUUACUCGAUUGUAUCAUCCGCUGGCUCUGAGACAUUUCUUGAUAAGUGCACACUAUAGAUCUCCUCUCAAUUACACAGUCUUACAGCUGGAAAGUGCAUCAGAUGCUGUUUAUUACAUAUAUCAGACUUUGGAAGAUUGUAGAGAUGUUUUAUCCCCAUCACAAGAAGGAAGCCUCAAGGAAGGCUCAGAACAAAAAGGAAAAACAGUCCGUGUCUCUCCUGUUGCUCAAGAGUGCAUCAGUAAGCUGCGCAGUGAGUUCAAGACUAAAAUGUCAGAUGACUUGAACACUGCACAGAUAUUGACCGGUGCUUUUCAAGAAGCGCUGAAGUUCAUAAACAGUUCUUUGACCAUGCUCAAGAAGAAGCAGCAAAAACAACAACAAUUAUCGAUGAUUCAAUCUCUUGUUGAGGUGGAGAAAGAAGUCAAAGAAGUUCUUAAUAUUCUGGGGUUGCUAUCCUCUUGCACUUAUGUGGAGGUUUUGCAGCAAUUAAAAGACAAGGCUCUGAAGAGAGCAGGGUUGGAGGAAAAUGAUGUGCUGCAUCUGAUUGAAGAAAGAGCCCUAGCAAGGAAAAACAAGGAUUUCUCAAAGAGUGACCAGAUCAGGGCUGAUUUAACUGUGAAGGGCGUUGCGCUGAUGGAUGUGGGCAAGGAAACUAUUUGGAGACCAUGUGUCCCUGUUGAACUAGAGCAGCCAGCACCUCCAGUUGAACAGGAGCACAAGGCAUUGCCAGUUUAACAGAGAACCGCUAUCAGCAUUGUUUGAAUAAGAACGAACUCGCAUCCAUUCAAACAAUUGCAGAUGUAUCACCUAUUGAACAAGAACAAAGUGGACCACCUGUUCAGACGAGAUGGUGGAAAGCCUUGUUCCUACCCCGACCAUCGCAUGCAUGACGGACGAGUGAUAUGGUUUAAAUUAUUUUUAGGAUCAUGGUUGUAAUUUUUUAAUCUAUUGAUUAAUGUUGUAACAUUUGGGGGCGGCUGUCACAAGUUACUACAUCCCCAUUAGGCUGUGACCAUGAUCCAUGUGUGUUAAAGCAAUAUUGUGCUCUUAUUAUGACCCGUUUCAUACUUAAAACACAGCUAUUAAGGAAA